CCGUGACGUGACGUCAACUUCCGCGCCGGAAGUGGAAUGCCAGGCCGCCCCCCUGAAGGCAGUAGGCUGGGCUCACAGCUGCAGCCCAGUUCUGGGCUAGCCGGGAAUAGGGGCUUGAGAAGGCCCGUAGGCGAAGUCAAAGAGAAGCAACUGCGCCCCGGUGAAGAGAAGCUCGCCCAUCACCGGCUGGCAGGCAGCUUUCAGUGAAGAUUGCAGGGCCAGAACUGUUGUUCGACUCCAACAUCUGCCUUUGGGUGGUCCUACCCAUCGUUAUCAGUUUCUUCGUAGGCAUGAUCCGCCACUACGUGUCCAUCCUACUGCAGAGCGACAAGAAGCUCACCCAGGAACAAGUAUAUGACAGGGAAGCUCUCCGCUGGGCCCUCUUCAGCAUGCAGGCCAUGGGCCACAUGAUGCUUGGCACCUCCUGUUACCUGCAGCAGCUCCUCGAUGCUACAGAGGAAGGGCUGCCCCCCAAGGGCAAGGCCUCAUUCUUCAUCCUGACCUGUCUGAAGAUACUGCAGUGAAAGCCCAAGCCCUUGGAAGCUUUCCCCAGUGAAGGACUAGACUGGGGGCCCCACGCUUAACUGGUAGUGCCCACAAGCCUGGCAGCUGUAGAGCCGCUAACCUCCCUCCCCACACCUCCCUCACCACACAGGACCUGAGUGAAGAGGAGGGACUGGAAACCUGGGGUGGGUUGGCCAAAGGAGAAUCUCAGGCUCCUAGUGUGGCCCAGCUCCUUCCUGCCCAAGGCAGCUUAGCCCACCCAGACUGGUCCUGAAGUGUAUCCCUCCAUUGGCAUGAAGUCUGCCCCUCAGCAAUCCGGCCUCGCAGGCUGCACUUUCAUGGUGCUGUCUACCUUCUGGCUCCCAUCCUGGAACAUUCCUGAGUGAAUUCUCAAGCACAUCAGCAUGUGAUAUUAGGGAGUUUGCAAUAAAUUGUUGAUGCUGAU